GUAAUUAUGACAUUUCAGAGUAGAGAAUAACCUGAGCCGAAGGUCGUUAAGUUUCCCGCUAUAUAUAAUAACGACCUUAUUCAACAAAAAAAAGGAAAACUAACGAUAGGACUGAAUAAAGUCAUGAAUCUUGAUAUUCUCUUACACAUUUUCGUUUUCUCACCGUCACCGCCGGUUUCAACCAUUUUCUUGGCAAACAAACAGGCCGGCCGUGUUCUUAAUUAAUCUAGCUAUUAAGGGCAGAAGGAGAAUGAAAAUCCCGGAUUAUGAUCCGUAUAAUCCACACCCCAGGAGCCCAAACGCAGAUCAAGAAGCUCGUGAUAGGUUCUUACUCUUCAAUUCUCCCAAGACAGCCGGCCCUGGUUACGAGAAUUUCGGUCCUGUAAUAGAGUUGCGUGUGUUCGCUGGGAAUAUAAUGUUGGAUUACUACUCCAAGUGUGAUGAAAGCUUUGAUCCUGUCGUACCAUAUCUUGCUAUGAAUUAUUUUGAUCGCGUGAUUUCCAUGCAAUAUCCCAUGGCUGUACCGGCUGUGUUCGGCGCAGUUGACAGUCGUAAAGAUCAGGUUCAGUUUCUGGCUCUGUGUUGCCUAACACUGUCUUGGAAGAUGAGGAGCACAACUUUCACCAUCAAGAAACUUCAAGUAAAUUAA